AUGGAGGAGGAGCCAAGCAAUGUCUCAACCACAACGAAUGGGGAGAUGGAAGGCAACAAGUCCCCUCAAAGAGGUUCAGUCACUGAGAUCCCCACACUCCGUGCUCGCCGCUUCCCCACUCCGCGUACAGGUCAUUUUUGGACGCCCACACUACGCCGUCGUACAACGGCAACACAGGAGAUCGGCAUGCACAGCCUGGAUUCCAUUCAUGAUCAUGGGCUGACGGAGGCCAUUUUUGCUCCCAAUACCCCUAAAACCACCGGAGAUCCUUUCCUGAGUGUUAUUUAUCCCGCCAAGUUUGGCAGGGAGAGCGAGGGGGAUAAUGAGACGUCUGAGAUGGAGAUUUCAAUGCGUCAACGGGAUUCUAUUUGUCGCACACAGGUGCGUGUGGAGGGAUACUUCCAGGACGAGUCUGAGGGGUUUGUGGCAUUGAUCCCAAAUGACCUCCCGCGCAGCACAUUUCUUUACGUCCUUACAGCAUCGGAAGGGAGAGACAAGCUUUUCAAAUGCUUACAGUACGGACUGCAGUUGAUGAUUUGUCUGCUCAAGCGACCGAUGCUCUUUACAACGGAUUCACAGCAAUUUGCCGGUUACUGGGCGGAACGCUUUUGGCGCAAUAUCAACACCAUUCGACAUGGACGCAGUUUAUUUAAAUUGGGCCGAUGGGUGUUAAAUCUCUUCUUCUUGGAGGAUAUAUAUGGUCGUCUUGCAUUAAAGUAUGGCAGCAUGGGGAGGGAGAUGAUGAAUGGUCUCGAGUCUUCGCUAGGUCAGUUCCUGCGUCUUUCCUCCACAUGGUGUGCGCUAAGUCGGAGUAGGAAUGACGGCAGCCUCGGUAUGGAAAACAGCAUGGGCGCUGUGUCAAAGCAAAAUGUGGAGAGUUUGUUAACAGAUGAUAUGUACUUUUACGCUGCACGGGCAGAAUUUCCAUGGAUGAAAACGCCAACUUCCCUUUCAAUGAUGCCUAUGGUGCGAGAAGCCGGUAAACAAACCCUGGCGGAUAAUAUUACCACAACACGUUUUUACGUGAAGGAAAAGUUUUAUAACAGCAUUUUUGAGAUGGAGUCAAAGAGGGAUCAUCCGCAGCAGCGAGAGCAGUUGGAUAUUAGACCGGCAACGAGUAAAAACGGUAGUCCGGACACGGCAGGGUCUUUUUUAUCCCCUCCUUCUUUGCAUUCUACUUUAGCAGCCACAUCAUAUCUUGGAACGCGACGGCACCAUGGGCAACAGGCAAGACGACCGUUUGAAAAACUUCUCCAUCCACUUUGUGCGACUGGUGACGAUGACGAUGGGAGUUACCACCCGGAUGCUCCGAGUUACACCCCAAGUAUGAACACGGAUAACAACACCAUCGAACUGGCAACGGAAAGUUCUUCACCCAAACGAGGGGAAAAAUUUCUUCACACGACUCAUUCUGCUGCCGACGGGAACAAGACAGAUCCCUGUCGUGGUUUUUUUGCCUCGUACCAAGUCUUGCCGUACGAACCCCGUUUAGGAGAUGCCUUGCACUCUCCUCGCGGCAAUAAUAACAAUAAUAAUACUAACAAUGCCGCCCUCCCGUACAGUGGAACCAGAGGCCCUGUUUGCGGUACGAAGUUCCUUUCCACUGUUGAGGACCCCGACCAUAAUGUAAACUCCGAAGCACGUCAGGAUGAUGGUAAUCAUAGUGAUGUUAGCCUGACGUCAAGUGGUAUUCUUGGGGUGAAGGGAUACAAGGAUUGUGUUUUAGGAGGUGAGCAAGGGAUUCCGGCAGAGAUGGGGAAUCCCGCGCAUUGGCGGAAGCGGCUUUUGCAGUUUAGCACACCCCUCAUGUUACUUCUUGGUGUGCGUACCAUUUCCACCAUUGGCCGACGUAUCGUGCGUGAUAUUCUUCUUCUUUCAUCGGAACGUUUCCUGAAUGUUUCUUGUGUGGAAAAGAACCGGCCCUUGUUGCAGCGCCGUGCAAAUUGGUUAUGGUUGGCGGUUUCUUCAAUUGACCUAUUUCUGAACACAAUCCGACUGAUGAACCGGGGAUGGUACAAGUACGCGACCGCACGGCAUAGCGCCCUGUACCAUUGUCGUUGCAAGGAUUAUGAUGAGACGGAUUUCACGUGGCGUUACCGUGAUCUUAUUGCCCGGCGCAAAGUGGACCUCUACUUCCCUGAGGUGGAUUUUGACUUUGGUGCCCCUCUGUGCUCGUCCCCGGCAUACUUUGAGGCGGCAGAUCCGGAGCACAUCGCCCCUGCCUGCUUGACGUGUGGCUGUUUGUUUGUGGAAUCCCACUCGGAUGCAGCGGAUGAUCUUCCGAAGCAGGAGGAAAAGGCGGGGCGCAAACGCGAUCCAAAUGGGAAGCCGUUGGGUGGAUUCCGAGGGAAGGAAGAAAUUGUCUGCAGCCGCGGGAACGAGACGGUGCGGCCAAAGUCCUUCGGCACCGCCACGCAACCAACCAUGGCUGAAAGGGCGGAAGUUGCCAUUUUGCUGAUCCCGUGGAUGGUGAGGAAGUUAUUGAAUUAUCUGCUGCUUCUACGAGUGCAUCCAAACUGGACCGCCACCAUUCUCCUUCAGUUGCGAUAUAUGACUGAGGUGUACCUCGCCUUCAUGUACUGUCUCGGCGGGUAUGAAACAGGGAAGAGUGAUGCCGCACUGGAGGAAAUGCUGCACGUCCCUGGCGCCAUUGCCGGUCUGUUGGGUGCCGUCAUCGGUCUUCACCGCGUGAUGAAAAGUGCUCCAAAGUAG